UUUUAAUGGACAUAAGCGGCCAAUCUCCAUCAACAGAUCUUGGUUGUCAACAAACGAGUUACUGAUGCAGCAAAGUUGCCUGAUUUCGUCGCCUAACUUUACAGACUAGCCUAUUGAUUAAUAUAUGGACCAAUCAGCCUACUAGAGACAACAUACAAUUGUAAAAUGGAUGUAGAUACAGGUCAAAGGUCAGAUGGUAUGAAGUCCUCACAGUCUAACCAAUCAAAUGACAGACUGGCUGAUGGACAACCGAAUGGAGAUGUCAACUUUGAUCUGUUGUGUAAUGUUAAAAACUUAAAAGAAGACGAACUUUUACCGAGAAUUAAAGAAAUAGUCAUGGCAUUAAAGGCGCUAGAGGAUUACGAUCGAGGGGAAGGAAUGAAACUUGUGAAAAGUAUUGGUGACACCUACUGGAGUCAUAAAAGUGUCAGACAUAAGAUAGGGCAUGUUCUUAAGGAGCACGAUUUUGCAGAAAUAGCAAUGAAGAUGUUGACAUCGUUGAAUAAGAAAGGAAUUUUCAAAAAUGAUGGAAUCUGGUUCCCAACUUACUAUACACUGAAUACUCUGUGGAACUAUUCUGAUGCCAGUCUAGAACUUGCCAAAUCUGUAGCACAACAUGGAGGAGUUAAAUAUUUCACUGUCAACUGUAAACACAAGCCUUAUAUAGACAAUAUGUCCUCUAAGAAUGUAUUUUACGUGGUCAAGUCUUCAAUGAGUAUAUUACAUAAUAUAGCCAGGAACUCUAAUGUCCAGCAUUACUUCAAAGAAAAUGCUACCUCAGAUGUGAUGAUCCAGUUUUUACAAUCAAAAGAAGAACAUGAGAUGUUAAAGAUAAUGGCCAUGUUGACGUUAGCUCAUAUAGUGGAGGAGGAGGAGAAUGAUAAAUUAAUAGAUGACACAGGGGCUGUUGAAGGAAUAGUAAGCUAUAUCAAGCUUGCGUUAGACAAUGAGAGAGGACGAUAUAAAGGAUUCACACCUAUUGAACUCAUGGAUGGACUCGGUAAACUGGCCGUCAAUGAUAAAAAUAAAAGCAAGAUAGUUGAUGCAGGUGCUCUCCCCUUACUUCUAAGAAUGUUAAAACAAGACAAUAUAGAGGAACAGGCAGUCGCUUCAAAAGCUCUUUGGACGUUAUCUUUUGAUAAAGAUGUGGCACAAAAAAUAAGAGAUUUUGAAGAUCUUAUGCCCACAUUAGAAAAAUUAUCAAACAGCCAAGAUAAAAACGUAGAGAAAAACUGUAAAGGAGCGUUGUUUGUACUUAAGGGAGAGAAUGAUGUAAAAAAUCGUCCAAAAUCCUCAUCAAAGAGAUCAAAGAGACAUAUAUUUAUAAGUUAUGCUUGGAAUGAAAAAGAGAUGGUGUAUAAACUCAAAGACAGACUGAAGCAAGAAGGUUUGGAGGUAUGGAUAGAUGUAGAAAGGAUGGGAGGAUCAACCUUAUCAGCCAUGGCAGAGGCCGUGGAGAAUGCUUCUGUCGUCUUAAUCUGUAUGUCAGAGAAAUAUAAACUAAGUCCGAACUGUCGUCUAGAGGCAGAAUAUACAUUCCAGUGUAGGAAGGAUUAUGUUCCACUAAUGUUACAGAAACAAUAUCGUCCUGAUGGUUGGCUUGGAGCUAUCUUAGGUGCUAAAUUAUACUUUGACUUUAGUGGAAAAUACCCUUUUGAAAAACCUUGGAAUGGUCUAAUGAAGGAACUUAAAGGAAUGGGAAAAUUAGGGGAAUCUAUGGAGAAAAGAGCCGAUUCAACCGAUGCUCUUAUAGCUUCAUCAUCAUCAACAACGACAACAUAUGCAGCGCCCUCUAGCUCCAGAUUACUCAAGAUGAACAACGACGAUGUGAGUGAGUGGCUGUGCUCGGUCAAGCUUGACGGCUGUGUUCCGUACUUUGCACAGUUCAAUGGAAAGUUACUGGAUCAGCUGAAGAAAAUGAGAGAAGAGGCUCCAGAAUUUUAUUACCAGUGUUUAGAAAGAAGCUUGAAAAUGAACUUGGUAGAAAUUCUGACAUUCACAGAGGCUUUACAACAAUUGUAAAUACAAGGAAAUCCUUGAAAGGAUUCAUCUCUAAACAGGAAGUAGUGUUAGAGGAAAGCUUGAAUAAGUCCAGAUUGAGACAGGAAGUAAAGCAGACAGAGGAUGAUGUAGACUGGUUCCCUGUAUCUGUUUGGCUCUGACAGAUGUGUUUCAACACUUAGGAAGUUAUCAUGUAUUAUCUAUUCUUCAUCAGAAGUUUUUUUCAUAUUUUGAGUUUGAAUGAAUUUAAUAAUAUGUUUUUUACAUAUUGUUUAAUUGGUAUUUAAGAAUGUGUGAUGUUUUGUAUACCCCUUCUCUAAAUGAGGGUUUAUUCUGGUUUACCAAAGUCGGUUCAUUGAGACUGCAUGAGUGCAUGUGCCUGUAACAUGUGUUCUUCUGUUGCAUUUUUCAGAAGCUGCAAGUCAUAGCUUCUUGAUAUAUGGCACUGAGCUUCAUCCAGUUAUGCACUAUUAUUCAAGCAAAGGAUAUUUUAUAACCCUGACAUUUGACCUUUAACCUUUUUAAUACAAUAUGGAAGAAACCAGUUUUUCCAAUUGGCUUAUCUGUUAUGGCCAAAACCUAGAUAUCUUUUGACACAGUGUUAUAAAUUAAGCAUGUGGGUGUGACAUAUUACCUUGACCUUUGACCUAUCAGUAAAAUAAUUGAUCUGUUUUACUAGUAUUAAACUUACCUCUAGUUGUUUACUUCCAUGUUCAUUAGAUAGUUGCAGUGGCGGAUCCAGAGGGGGGUUCCAGGGUUGGAACCCCCUUUUUUCUUGACGAUUAAUGCAUUUGAAUGGGGACAUAUAGUUGGACCUGCCCCUUUUAUCCUGGGUUUGGAAACCCCCUUUUAAAAAUGGCUGGAUCCGCCCCUGAGUUGUAUGGGAUGACUGGCAAUCAUAUCACAUCUCCUUAUUUGUAUUAAAUGUACAAGUGUUUCUUUACAGUAUUGUGUUGUAAGUUGCUGUCUGUCAUACUCAUUUAUUGUUUUGUACAAAAUUCAGGGCAUUGGUCCUUUUUUGUUUGUUUGACUGUUUUACAUUUUGUCAUUUCAGGGUCUUUUACAGUUUAAUAUUAUUCUGUAUGUGUUUUGUUCAUUAUUGAAGGUUAUGAAGUGACCUAUAAUGGCUUACAUUUACAGCAUUUGUUUG